UUCCUUUCUAUUAUAUUGUAUAGUUACAAACAUAAGGUUGUCAGGCGUGUUCCACGCAAUAAAGAAAUAAUUUAAACUUUAGAAGCUAUUUGCCCAAUUAAAAAGUUCAAUCAAUCGUAACUUAUAAAUAGUGGAAAUGGCUAGUGUGGAACAGGUCGCAAAAGCCGCCAGCUUUAUGAAGGUCGCUCCAGGAAAAAUAGGAUACAAUUCGGAAAAAAUCAUAACAAGAACCGCACCGAAAACUAAUGAAAGUAUCUCCGGAUUUUCAACUAUUAUUCAAUCAUUGGCCCGAGAAAGCAAGAACGAUGUCAUACGCGAUAGUUUUUCAGAUAUCGAAACAGAACUUCAGGUGUCUCAAUGGGUUGAUUAUUCAGUGAUGUAUGUUUCGCCGGCCGCUAAAGACAAGCACGUUGCGAAAGCAUUGUUAGAGGAACUUAACAAAUAUCUGGAAAGCCGUUCCUACCUGGUGAAACACACAUUAACCUUGGCAGACGUUGUGGUUUUCUACGCUAUUCAAGACACAAUGGUCAACCUACAACCAUUGGACAAGGAGCAUUAUUUGAACAUCUCUCGUUGGUUCGAUCACUUACAGCAGCAAAAGGCGAUACGUCAGGACGAGAGUUUGAUUAAUUUCUCAACCUUACAUUUACUAGGCUGGGCUACUGGCACCCAUGUUUAAAACUAUGCGAAUUUAAAUCAAUAAAGAUAGACACGACUUGAAGAAAUAA